CCAGGCCGGAUCUUACGCACGGAGGGGAGCGGGCCACGGAGCGGGCUACUACUCUCCCGUUCCCCCCAACGGUUUACCGGGGAACUGGUGGAGGAGAGAAGUUACAGGCGCCAAAUGUCAUGGCAUGUAGAAGAAGACGACAACGCUCACUUCCAGGUCACAGUGAGAGACAUAUACCCAACAACGUGGACCAACUUGCUUUCAAAUACAUGGAGAUGUGUAAAAUGGAGUCCAGCACUGAUAGUGACUCAGAAAUCAGUCCAAGAUGGUCGGACACCAGCACUAUGGGAUGUGUGAGCAGCGCACCAGAGUGUGGGACAUUGCGUCGGACACUGUCACUGAAGCCUGCAGCAAGGCAUGGUUGUUAUUCUUUGUUUAUGGACCCGUAUGAUGGGAGCUCUGAAGAUUCGGACGACUCAAACAUCGAUUUUGGUGUCUCCAGGCGAACAAGGCACCAGGGACAAGGAGGAGGGGGAUGUCGGUUUACGGGCCGGAGCAGGAGAUUCAUUCUUCAUAACCCUGCUUCUGUUGCUCUCAGAGAAGUGAUGAAAAAUGGGAUGAGAGAUCCUGUAACAGAGCAGCAACAUCUUUUGGAUCUCCCGAUGAAAUGUGGGAGUGAUUCUGAGCUCUGGGUCUGUGAGCUUGACACUCUGCCCUCCCACAGUGACAAGGACAGUUGUAGAGAUCUUACAGCAGAAAUGGCAAAUGAUUCAACAAUGCAUCCCCAAACCAUGGAUAUCGAAUUGCAGCUUGAUGAUUCAGGCUUGCACGCCACAAGAUCUUCUACAUCUCACACAUCUGGACCUCUCACCCCAGUGGGAGGGAGCUCGUCCUGGAUGCUGGAUAGCUCUACUGAGAGAUCCCCCAGCCCAUGUAACCUCAGAUCUCUUUACAAGAGAAAGCUGGGGCUCCCUGGAGCAGAAGUGGUGGAACUGGCGCAAAGAAAGAGGCAGUGUGUCGUCAACAUGGAGGACAAACAAGAGGCAGGGGACUCUGCAUCUGAACCAUGUUAGAGCCUUUAUGACCAUGGACUGUCAGAAUGAAAUACUGUAAAUAGUUACUUUAUGCACUUUGGUUUAUUUUUCUACCUCCAGUAAUUUUGAAUGUCUCACAGGUGUCACACAUUGUGCUGAUUGCCUCUUUUUGAGCAAUAAUGAUUUUUGUUUUGUUGGGAGGAAUUACCCUAGUAACCUGGCCUCCAUGGUAAAACAAUGUACAACCUAUGCACUGGCAAUGAAGAAACUAUACAUUUUUCUAAUAAAAGCAAAACCAUAUGAAAGAAAAAA